GCUGCGGAUCCCGCCCUGUGUCUUGUCAGUUACUUGUUACAGCGCCUUUUGCCCCAAACUAUCGUGGCGAUGAACGGGAAGUGGAAGAAGGCUAAAGUCAAGGUCGAGGCUGUACAGGCGUUUGACUGUCUUGACAGGGGCGGUUCUCAAAAACCGGCCGCAGGGUAUGAUACUUCAGGUCGCCUUCCGCGACCCAGUGAAGGACCUCCUCCAGAAGCACAGCAUCAGAUUUCACCACACGGUCAAAGUACUUCGUAUUACAUUGGCCACCCGCAAUCCAGCGCCCCGACUCCAUAUGUGGGCAACCCAACGCAGACUCCCGGGCCAUUUCAAUAUACUUAUCAGUCUCCACCGCCGCAGACUCUGCAAUAUACACCGCAAUCAUCUCCACCGCAACAGACGUCGUCUCCUGUAGCAGACUACAAGCAUACGCCAUAUCAUUCAACGUACGGUCCGCACCACAAUUCAACAACAUCAUCGGGCUACAAUGCAGGGGUACAAAGCUCCUCACCUCGAAGGGAUAACUGCAACGGACUUAUUCAGCCUUCUUGGGAGCAGAAUCGCCAAUUUGAUACCAGCGAUGUAGGCAGCCCGGUGAAGUGGAACGGUGCCGAUACACCGUACGACGCGUACAACCAGCCCAGGACUGAUCAUUCGCAGCGGAGCAAUACUGCAUAUGGAGGAGACUAUCAACAGCAUUGCGAUCCAAGGCCAAUGUUGCCCUAUGGGAGCUCGAUUGUACCGAAUAAAUAUUAUCACAACUGUUCAGAUCAUCUCAGCCAGUAA